AUGGAGGUCGAUGACGAUUUCGUGCUGGACAAUGAGGCAGCGGAAAUUAAACGACUAGAGCUGCCGGAUGAGGAAAAGAAGCCCACUGAUCCCGAGGAAGAUGAUGAGCGCAUAGCACGCAUUGACUUCCUUUGCUCUGGCUGCGAAAUGCACGAGAUGGUUCAUUACUUUGGACGGAAACCGCCGUUUGCCCUGGGGACUAAGUAUCCGGAGGACAACUACGUGAUGCGGGAUCCCUUCCAGCCGCCUCCGCCUCGUUGGCAGACAAAAGCGGAAUACUACAUCUCACUGGGCGCCAAGUGCUCCAUCUGCUCGAAGACGGUGUGCAAGGAUCCCGGUUGCAGUUUUUACUACACAGCCACCUUUUGCUUGCCAUGCGGCCGGGAAGAGCUCAACAACUGGCCAGUGGAGGCCCAAGCCCGGAUUCGAAAGCAACUGUCAGCCAGUCAAGGCAAUCAAAAGUAGACUAGUCUGUAAUUAUUCCAUAAAUUUGAAUUAAAUGUAAAUUGAAUGUAAA